GUUUUUCACAGCCUGUCCACCCAAAACUAAGACCUCUUGCAUGUAAGCUGGUAUGCAUACUGUCGUGUUAUUGGUGUUGUGGGUGCUGGGAACAUCGUUGGUGUUGCCAGACCCCGACACAGCUGGGGACAAAGUGGCCGAGGAGCCUAUACCGUGUUCAAAGGGAUGCACCUGUUUCCAUGAUGACUACAGCUUGGAACUCAAUAUGUACUGCAGUGCUCGGAACUUCACGCAAGUCCCAGCCGACAUGCCCGAGACCACUCACUCAAUCUGGCUGGAUGGAAACUUGUUCACCACCCUCCCUGCCUUGUCGUUUAGGGAUCUUUCCAACCUGGACUUUUUGAAUCUUCAGAGUGGUCAGCUGGUGACGAUUGACCCUCAGGCUUUGAAAGGACUUAGGUCACUUGCCCAUAUCCACCUUGAGCGAAAUCGCCUGCGUACGCUACCAGCCACAGUCUUCCAGAACACACCUAACCUUGCGUCGCUGAGUCUGCACAACAACCAGCUCACUCGUAUUGAGGAAAGACUGUUUGCAGGGCUCUCGAACAUGUGGCUUCUCAACCUAGGCUGGAACUCAAUAGCGGUUUUACCUGAGACAGUUUUCCAGGACCUGCAGGGUUUGCGGGAGCUCAUUCUUGCAGGGAACCGACUUGCUUACUUACAGCCACAGCUUUUCCAAAACCUCAUUGAGCUGAAAGAGUUGGAUCUGACAGGAAAUUACCUCCGAGUUAUCAAAGCCAAUGUGUUUGUUAAACUCACCAAGCUGCAAAAGCUGUACCUUGCCCAGAAUCAGAUUGUGACGGUGGUACCAAGAGCAUUCGGAGGCAUGAAGGCACUACGAUGGCUGGAUCUCACGAACAACAGACUGACUUCUCUCCACGACGAAACUUUCUUUAGCUUGCACAGUCUUCACGUUCUGCGUCUUUCCAACAACUCCAUCACUGGAAUCAGACCCAGGACUUUCCGGGAUCUGCCGUACUUGGAAGAGCUACGACUCAGCUACAACAAAAUCCGAGCCUUGGGGGAAAGGAUCUUCGAAGGACUUGGUCAUCUGGAGGUCCUGGAGCUUGAGCACAACCAAGUGCAAGAAGCCCAAGUGGGUAGUUUCACUGGCCUCCCUCAUGUGGCUGUCAUCAACCUGGCUGGAAGCUGCUUCCACAGUCUGCCAGACCAAGUGUUCAAAGGUCUGUCCAAGCUCCACAGCCUCCAUCUUGACAGAGGUUGCCUCACAAGGAUCACAACUCAUGCUUUCACAGGACUCUCCGGUCUACGGAGGCUUUUCUUGCAGCACAACAACAUCUCAGUGGUGGAACGCCAGAGCUUUGUGGACCUGGUGGGCCUACUGGGGCUGGACUUGAGUUUCAACAAGUUAGAGGUUCUUACAUCCCAUACAUUCUCAGGCCUCAAGAAUUUGGAGUACUUGCUGUUGUCCAACAAUGAAUGUCGACAGUUUUUGCAGAACGGCACCACGCAGUUACUCCCAAGGAUGCGCUAUCUGGACCUGAGGGCGAACGCCUUGACAAGUGUGGUUCCAGAUUUCCCAGAGAGCAUGGAAAAGCUGUUGCUGUCUGGGAAUCGCUGGAAAUGUGACUGCGGCGCCUUGCCACUCAGGAACUACAGUUUAAGGAAUCCAUUGGUGAUACCUCGGCAAGUGGAGACCCACGCAGAGGGUGAAGAACCUGAUACAACUAUCACCAUAUACAACAACAUCACAUGCACCAGUCCACCACGUCUAGCUGGUCAAGACCUGCGGGAUAUUGAUAAUGAACAAUUCCAGGGCUGCUAGACCAAAUAUACUAAGAUGUGUUUAGGGAAGAGGUUUGUGUCAAGGAGAAUAGUUAAAUAUAAAUUAAAUCAGGCUUCUGUAUUGUGGGAACUCUUUCAUAAGGCACUACUUUGUCUGUCUGUCUGUCUAUCAGACUGACCUACCCACCUACCUAACUACCUACCCACCUACCUUCCUACUUUCUUACUAAACUUCAUACCCACUUACUUCCUGCCUUACUACCCACCAACUAAUUGACAGACCUACAUUUCUACCUACCUUUAAAAAUGUUUGCACACACAAAAAAUAGUCACAUUGCUAUCUAUC